AUGGCUGCCAAGACCAAGACCGAUAUCCACUUGUACACCACCGGUACCCCCAACGGCAUCAAGGUGUCCAUUCUCCUCGAAGAGCUCGGCCUGGAGUACCAGCCUGAGGAUGCUAAUGCACGAGUGCAGGAGCCCUGGUUCCUGGAGAUCAACCCCAAUGGACGUAUCCCUGCCUUGACCGACAAGUUUGAGGAUGGCAAGACCAUCCGCCUGUUUGAAUCGGGGAGUAUUUUGCAGUACCUCGUCGACCGCUAUGACAAGGACCACAAGGUCUCUUAUCCCUAUGGCUCGCGCGAGUACUGGGAGGUGAACAACUGGCUGCACUGGCAGAUGGGUGGCCUUGGUCCCAUGCAGGGACAAGCCAACCACUUUAAGCGCUACGCACCCGAGAAGAUCCAGUACGGCAUUGACCGUUACACCAACGAGACCCGCCGUCUGUACCGCACCAUGGACACAGCGCUCGCGGCGAACCCCAGCGGCUACCUCGUCGGUGACCGCGUGACUAUUGCCGACAUCACCAGCUGGGGCUGGGUGGCGGCGAGCAAGUGGGCUGGUAUCGACCUGGACGAGUUCCCCGCGCUCAAGGCGUGGCUGUUCAAGCUGGUGGAGAGGCCCGGCUUCGAGCAGGGCCGCCACGUGCCGUCCAAGCACACGGCGCUGGACCACUUCAAGAUGACGGAUGAGGAACUCGACGAGAAGGCCAAGGGGGCUGCUGCGUGGAUUCAGCAGGGGAUGAAGGAUGAUGCUGCCAAGAAGUGA